AUGGCGACCGAAAAUACCAGCGAUGAAGUUAUAAAUAUUCUUGUUGGGGUUACUGGUAGUGUAGCGGCGAUAAAGCUUCCAAUUCUUGUCGAAAAACUGCAAGAAAUCCCAAAGGCUCAUGUAAAGAUUGUUGCCACUCAGAAUUCCUUUCACUUCUUUGACCGAAAUUCCAUUCCUGUUCAAAUCUAUGAAGAUAAGGACGAGUGGGAGACAUGGAAAAAGAUUGGUGAUUCAGUUCUUCAUAUUGAGUUAAGAAGAUGGGCAGAGUUAUUUCUUAUCGCACCACUUGAUGCUAACACGAUGGCAAAACUUUCUCGUGGGUUAUGUGAUAACUUACUAACGAGUGUAGCAAGGGCUUGGGACCCAGUGAAACCAGUAUUCUACUGUCCAGCUAUGAAUACCCACAUGUGGCAGCAUCCGCUGACACGGGAACAUCUGGAAAAGCUCAAGAGUUUGAAAUAUAUUCAAAUACCUCCAAUCUCAAAAACUUUAGCGUGUGGAGAUUGUGGCAUCGGUGCUAUGGCUGAGGUGUCAAUGAUCGUCGAUACGAUUCGUAAAGCGCUUCGACGAUAAAUAUAGUAGCAAGCUCGAUCCAAGGUUUCUUUAUUGACAAGGGUUUCGUCUGAGAUCAAAAUUCCUUUGUAUGAAGACAAGCAAUAAUUACCAUGGGAUUGUGUUACAAUCAAAUGAUCCUUCUACAAACACUUACAAUGAGAAUGUAAAU